AUGAAGUUUUCCGCGAGCCUAGCCUUCACCCUCGCCGCCGCUGCCGCCGCCGUCGCCGCAGCGGACGACGUCGACCUCCGGGACCUGCCCGUCACCCGGGAGGGCACCCACCUCUACCUCAACGGCACCGAGUGGAAGGCCGUCGGCCCCAACGUAUACUGGCUCGCCCUCGACGAGAACGUCCCGUUCUACGAGCCCAAGAACAUCAGCUACCCCCACCCGGACCGCGUCACCGAGGUCAUGCGCAUCGUCAAGGCCAUGGGCGGUACCAUGAUUCGCGCCCACACCAUCGGCUCCAACACCGGCUCUCCCUGA